AGAGAGAAGGAAGGAAGAGCAGAAAGAGAAAGGCGAUCUGAUCGGAGAGCAAACAUCAUCAUCAUCAUCAUCAUCAUCAUGUCAUCGCAGACCAAAUUCAAGAAGGACAAGGAGAUCAUAGCGGAGUACGAGACCCAGGUGAAAGAGAUCCGCAACCAGCUGGUGGAGCAGUUCAAAUGUCUGGAGCAGCAGUCAGAGGCACGCCUGCAGCUGCUGCAGGACCUGCAGGAGUUCUUCCGCCGCAAGGCCGAGAUCCAGCUGGAGUACUCCCGCAGCCUGGAGAAGCUGGCCGAGCGUUUCUCCUCCAAGAUCCGCAGCUCCAGGGAGCACCACCAGUUCAAGAAGGACCAGCAUCUCCUGUCCUCCGUGAACUGCUGGUACUUGGUUCUGAACCAGACCCGGCGAGAGAGCCGCGACCAUGCCACUCUCAGCGACAUCUACGUGAACAAUGUCAUUGUGCGUCUCUCGCAGAUCAGCGAGGAUGUCAUCAGGCUCUUCAAGAAGAGCAAAGACAUUGGAAUCCAGAUGCACGAGGAGCUGGUGAAGGUCACAAACGAGCUCUACACUGUGAUGAAGACCUACCACAUGUACCACACGGAGAGCCUGAGUGCAGAGAGCAAGCUGAAGGAGGCUGAGAAGCAGGAGGAGAAGCAGUUCAGCAAGGUGGGCGACGUUGGCGUCAACCUGCUGCGCCACGAGGAGCGCCCCCAGCGCCGAAGCUCCGUCAGGAAGAUCGAGAAGAUGAAGGAGAAGAGACAGGCCAAGUACUCCGAAAACAAGCUGAAAUGCACAAAAGCUCGCAACGACUACUUGCUGAACCUGGCGGCAACGAACGCCGUUGUGGCCAAAUACUAUAUCCACGACGUGUCUGAUAUGAUCGACUGCUGUGACCUGGGUUACCAUGCCAGCCUGGCGCGCACCUUCAGGACGUACCUGUCGGCGGAGUACAGUCUGGAGACGUCGCGCCACGAGGGCCUGGACGUCAUCGAGAACGCCGUGGACAACCUGGAUGCCCGCAGCGACAAGCACAAAGUCAUGGACAUCUACAACCAGGUCUUCUGCCCCCCCAUGCGCUUUGAGUACCUGCCCCACAUGGGGGACGAGGUGUGCCAGGUGAGCGCCCAGCAGCCCGUGCAGACCGAGCUCUUGAUGCGAUUCCACCAGCUGCAGUCCCGCCUGGCCACGCUGAAGAUUGAGAAUGAGGAGGUGAGGAAGACCCUGGAUGCCACGAUGCAGACCCUGCAGGACAUGCUGACGGUUGAGGACUUUGACGUUUCCGACGCCUUCCAGCACAGCCGCUCCACCGAGUCCAUAAAGUCGGCGGCCUCCGAGACCUACAUGAGCAAGGUGAACAUUGCCAAACGGCGGGCCAACCAGCAGGAGACCGAGGGAUUCUACUUCAUGAAAUUCAAGGAGUACCUGAACGGCAGCAACCUCAUCAUUAAGCUGCAGGCGAAACACGACCUCCUCAAGCAGACGCUGGGGGAAGGAGAACGGGCUGAGUGCGGCACGACAAGGCCCCCCACACUGCCCCCUAAGCCCCAGAAAAUGCGGAAGCCUAGACCCCGCUCCGUGUAUAACCAUAAGCUGUUUAAUGGCAAUAUGGAGACCUUCAUCAAGGAUUCGGGUCAACCCAUCCCACUGGUGGUGGAGAGCUGCAUUCGCUACAUCAAUCUGUAUGGUCUGCAGCAGCAGGGCAUUUUCCGAGUCCCAGGCUCUCAGGUCGAAGUGAACGACAUUAAAAAUUCAUUUGAAAGAGGCGAAGACCCCCUCAUCGACGACCAGAGCGACCACGACAUCAACUCUGUGGCCGGAGUCCUGAAGCUCUACUUUAGGGGUCUCGAGAACCCCCUGUUUCCGAAGGAGCGUUUCCAGGACCUGAUUUCCACCAUCAAACUUGAAUCGUCUGCUGAGAGAGCUCACCACAUCCAGCAGAUCAUUGUGACCCUUCCUCGCUCCGUCAUCAUCGUCAUGAGAUACCUGUUUGCGUUUCUGAACCACCUUUCACAGUACAGCGAUGAGAACAUGAUGGACCCUUACAACCUGGCCAUCUGCUUUGGACCCACGCUGAUGCCCAUUCCCGACGGGCAGGACCCCGUGGCUUGCCAGGCUCAUGUUAAUGAGGUCAUCAAGACCAUCAUCAUCCACAAUGAGGUCAUCUUUCCAAGCCAGCGUGAGCUGGAUGGCCCUGUCUAUGAGAAGUGCAUGACAGGAGGGGAGGAAUACUGUGACAGCCCCCACAGCGAGCAAGGCACGAUCGAUGAGGUGGACAACGGAACAGAACCCCACACCAGUGAUGACGAGGUGGAGCAGAUCGAAGCCAUCGCCAAGUUCGACUACACGGGCCGCACCCCGCGCGAGCUGUCCUUCAAGAAGGGGGCGUCGCUGCUGCUCUACCACCGAGCGUCUGAGGACUGGUGGGAGGGUCGUCACAACGGAGUGGACGGCCUCAUACCGCACCAGUACAUCGUGGUGCAGGACAUGGACGAUGCCUUUUCAGACAGCUUGAGCCAGAAGGCUGACAGCGAGGCGAGCAGCGGGCCCCUCCUCGACGACAAGGCCUCCUCCAAGAACGACAUCCCGUCCCCCUGCGAAGCCUCUCCCGAUUACAGCUUUGGGGGGGUCAUGGGAAGGGUGAGGCUACGCUCUGACGGGGCGGCCAUCCCCCGCCGCCGGAGCGGCGCCGACACCCACAGUCCCCCCAGGGGGACAGAUGCGCCCCCACGGGCCACUGCCUGCCCCAGCAGCCCCCACAAGGUGUCGGUGACCAGGGGCCACGUGGAGAGCCCCGAGAAGCGGCGCUUGGGCACGUUCGGCAGCGCCGGCAGCAUCAACUACCCCGACAGGAAGGUGUACCCCGAGGGCCACCCGCUGAGACCCGGGCCUGGAGCCACGCGCCACAGCAGCCUGGGUGACCACAAAUCCCUGGAGGCCGAAGCCCUGGCAGAGGACAUCGAGAAGACGAUGAGCACAGCUUUGCACGAGCUGCGGGAGCUGGAGCGCCAGAACACGGCCAAGCAGGCACCGGAUGUGGUGCUGGACACCCUGGAGCCGUUGAAGAACCCGGUGGGUUCAGAGCCGGGCAGCCCUCUGCACACCAUGGUGAUCCGCGACCCGGACGCCGCCAUGCGCCGCAGCAGCAGCUCGACCACGGAGAUGAUGAGCACCUUCAAACCGGCACUGUCCGCCCGCCUGGUCGGCGCCCAACUGCGACCGCCGCCGGCGAGGCCUGCCCGUCCCGCGCCCACGCAGUACCGCUCCAGCAGCUCGAGCUCUUCGGGUGUCGGAAGCCCGGCCGUUACGCCCACCGAAAAGAUAUUCCCCAACAGCUCCUCGUCCGCCGACAAGUCAGGCACUAUGUAGCCCUGGCGCCGCUCCACAGCGGCAGCCGCUCUUCUUCCGCAGCUUGGAAGAAGACUUUCGCUUUUGACUUGUCUUUGAGUCAAAACACAAAUGAUAGGUCAAGGCAACAACCUCAGGUGACCAUGCGGUGCCGUGUUUGACGGACCAACAGUGCAGAUGGGAGCAUCGUGCACAUCGCGGCACCGCAAGUCUACCGAACACGAACGAUCGCGGAAGAGCACGUUCAAGAAGCCCCAGAAAUACAGACUUCACACUCAUUUCUUGUUUUACCUCAAAAAAAAAAGAAACAAAAGAAUGAAAGGGGCUAAAAUGAAGUCCUUCUCUCUCCUCGCUCCCGGCCCCGAAGAAGGUCCACAUGUCUAUAGAAGCACUGGCUGUUUGGACCAAUGACCGAGUUGACCGAUGAUCGAUGACUUGCUGAGGUCUGUCAGCUUGGGGGAGGGGCGUGGGGUGACCCCGCCUUUCCUGGACUGGACCUAACGUUGGGCCGUCAGACUUUCUGUCAAAGCUCGUGAUUUCCUUUACCAAGAGCCUUUGGGUUGUAAAUAGAUACUUACUUGAAGUGGUAUUCCUUCCGUUUGUAGUUCGAGGGAUAUUCAUCUACAUAAAGACAUAGAAAAGGUGUAUAAGUAUAUGUAUGAGAUGCAGAAACCUUAAACCAAUAUUCUACCUAUUAGUAAGAAACCUGUGUAAGACAUGUAGUUUAACCUGUAUAUUAACUUGAGUAGGCGUUUUUGUGAGUGUUACCUUGUAUAGGCCAUGAUGGAAAACAGGAAAGAAGACGAGAAUGGCAUUUGUCCUGAAACACACACACACACACACACACACACACACACACACACACACAAAGCAAAAGCUGAUCAAGAGAGACUGCUUUUUUCUUGCCUUUUUUCAAUUUUCAUACUCUUGAUUUUUUUCAGAAAAGAUGUGAAUUACAGCUUACAAAGGUUUAAGCUGGUAUUUGCAAAAAAUUAUUUUCCUUUCAGCA